AUGGGUGGAGGAGCCAGUCGAGAUAGACAGGAGCUCGCCAGCCGGACGAGUUUCGGACCUCAACAAAUUGUCUCCGUGCCUUCGCUCCAAACUCCCAGCGGUGGAGGGGGCCCAGGCGCGGCGAAUCUCCUUCUUCAGCAGCCACCAGGAUUUGGAGCCCCGCAAGGUGAUUUGCCGGGACCUGGCGCUGCCGAAGUUCCACGACUAACCGUCCAACAGACCUGUGUAGUAAAAAACCCUGUCAACCUUCAUAAACACUCGCUGAAGUGCUUCCAGGAUUCAGCCUACCCAGACCGUCUCUUUUUCUCGUUUCUGUUCGACUCCUCUACUGAGGUCGAUGUAUCUGUCCCCUACUACGCUCGACAACUCACUGACCCGGUCACAGGGGCGCCCUCGUUUGUCUCUCGACUCGCCUAUCCUCCUCCGGGCUACGCGCGGCGUCUGCCUGCGGGCAUGGGACAGUUCUUCUGUACGACCCCUGAUGAGGCUCUGAUGCUGGCGGACUGGCAAGCCGGUCACGAGGAAGAAGCGGACGGCAGCAACGGCGUCUGUCCAGUGACGGUGUGCCUCUCGUCUGUCCCACCUGCGUCCGCGGCGUCUCCCAGUCCGCAAGCCACCAUGGUGAAGAAUCAAUACACUUUCGCCAGGAUUGUGCAUGCGCCGCGGGGCGGCACGUCGACGCGCACCUCGGCGGCGGAAGGCUCAGACUCCUCCGCUGCAAGUGACGACCCAGACCCGGGCGCGGCUGGGGACCCCAACAGCUCGUUCGACGGAGCAAACGAAUGGCGAGCGCAGAUCGUCAAGCAGAAAAUCCAGUUUGGCACGCGGACUUUCGAGGUGCAGGAAAUUUUUGGUAUCGAGAGAGGGAACAGCACGGAGAUGCAGCGCCUGCCGAUGGGAGGUCGGACAGGACGCGCAGCAGGUGACGCUGACGGCGACGCCAAAGGAAGCGCGCAAUCGGCCGAGAGCGCCGGCGACAAUUUCUCUGGCAGGGAGUGCGUCAUUUGCUUGACUGAGGAACGGAACACGGCCGUCCUGCCGUGCCGGCACAUGUGCCUCUGCAGCGGGUGCGCCAACAUCAUGAGGAUGCAAAGCAACAAAUGCCCAAUUUGCAGGCAACCUGUCACGUCGCUACUGCAGAUCACCAUGAGGCCGAACUCGGAGUAG